UUGUUUUUGUUUUAGUCGCUGAGUAUAAAUUUUGUGGGAUAAUAAGUUAAAAUGGGCCACCGUGCCCCACUCGGUCAUUUUGCAUCCGCGGUCACACUGAAGAGCAACAGCGUAUAAAAAACAUGCCAGAUCUAGUUUAAGCCACUCCACUAAGCGGCGGUGCGCGGCGCUCAACGGAAAAAGAGAGAAAACUGGAAUUGCUGGCGACCGAAAGCCACGAAACAUAUGUGUCUGUAGUUUCGCCAGCGAAUCGGAGUUAAAUGACUGAGUAGUGGAAAGAAUCGGACAGCGGACAGGCACGCGAUCCGAUCGGCAGAGCCACGUCUGCGUGGAGUUACCUAGUGCUACCUCAGAAACCCCAACCAAGCCCAACAGGCAGAUAUACAACCCACCAAAAUGCUGCCUCGGUUCCGUUCCUUUUACGGCAAGCUGAUCAUCUUCAUCCUGGUCGCCCUGUGCUUCAUCCUCUACAGCAAGGUGCAGCAGAACGGAGCGCCGGAGGAGCAGGUGGCAUCUCCAGUGCGGGCUGCCGCCCUGCGGGGACACGGACGCGAGCGCUUCGACGCGUACAGCGACAGCGAGAACGAGAUCGCUCGACCGGCCACGCAGUCGCCCUACGAGCAGAUCAUCCAGCUGGACAUCCAGAAGCAGCAGGCAGGCCUCGGAGAACAGGGCACGGCCGUGCACCUUUCGGGGGCCGCCAAGGAGCGGGGCGAUGCCAUCUACAAAAAGAUCGCCCUGAACGAGGAGCUCAGCGAGCAGCUAACCUACAACCGGAGUGUGGGUGACCACCGGAACCCGCUGUGCGCCAAGCAGCGCUACGACGCCGCCUCCCUGCCCAGCGCCAGUGUGGUCAUCAUAUUCUUCAACGAACCCUACUCCGUGCUGCUGAGGACCGUGCACAGCACCCUGAGCACCUGCAACGAGAAGGCCCUCAAGGAGAUCAUCCUGGUGGACGACGGCAGCGACAACGUGGAGCUGGGCGCCAAGCUGGACUACUACGUUCGCACGCGGAUUCCCGCCGGCAAGGUCACCGUGCUGCGGCUCAAGAACCGAUUGGGCCUGAUUCGUGCCCGUUUGGCCGGAGCUCGAGUCGCGACGGGGGAUGUGCUCAUCUUUCUGGACGCUCACUGCGAGGGCAACAUCGGGUGGUGCGAGCCCCUCCUGCAGCGAAUCAAGGAGUCCCGGACGAGCGUCUUGGUGCCGAUCAUCGAUGUCAUCGACGCCAACGACUUCCAGUACAGCACAAAUGGCUACAAGUCCUUCCAGGUGGGCGGAUUCCAGUGGAACGGCCACUUUGACUGGAUCAACCUGCCGGAGCGGGAGAAGCAGCGCCAGCGCCGCGAGUGCAAGCAGGAGCGGGAGAUCUGCCCGGCCUACAGUCCCACCAUGGCCGGCGGACUCUUCGCCAUGGACCGCCGGUACUUCUGGGAGGUGGGCAGCUACGACGAGCAGAUGGACGGCUGGGGCGGCGAGAACCUGGAAAUGUCCUUCCGCAUCUGGCAGUGCGGCGGCACCAUUGAGACGAUUCCCUGCUCCCGCGUGGGCCACAUAUUCCGCGACUUCCAUCCCUACAAAUUUCCCAACGACCGCGACACGCACGGCAUAAAUACUGCCCGCAUGGCUUUGGUGUGGAUGGACGAGUACAUCAACAUCUUCUUCCUCAACCGGCCGGACCUGAAGUUCCACGCGGACAUUGGCGACGUGACCCACCGAGUGAUGCUGCGCAAGAAGCUCCGCUGCAAGAGCUUCGAGUGGUACCUGAAGAACAUCUACCCGGAGAAGUUUGUGCCCACCCAGAGCGUGCAGGGCUGGGGCAAGGUGCGCGCCCUGAGCGCCAACCUGUGCCUGGACGACCUGCUGCAGAACAACGAGAAGCCCUACAACGCCGGCCUGUAUCCUUGCGGCAAGGUGCUGCAGAAGUCGCAGCUCUUCUCCUUCACGAACUCGCAGGUGCUGCGCAACGAACUGAGCUGCGCGACGGUGCAGCACAGCGAGUCCCCGCCGUACCGGGUGGUGAUGGUGCCCUGCAUGGAGAACGACGAGUUCAACGAGCAGUGGCGGUACGAACGCCAGCAUGUCAUCCACAGCAACACGGGCCUGUGCCUGGACCACAAGGGUCUCAAGAGCCUGGACGACGCUCAGGUGGCGCCAUGCGAUCCCCACAGCGAGUCCCAACGAUGGUCCAUCGAGCACUGAGGAGUCAAGUGGGGUGGGGAACGGGAGGGGGACCAAACCAACUGAGAGAUACUGACUAACGCCGACUUAACGGAACUCGAAUUCAAGUUAGAACAACCCUUUGUAAAUACAUAAAUCGAAUGCUAGAAUUAUAUAUUUUCUGUACACCGACCGUGUAUAAACAGCAAGAAGAGACAGACGGGUAGCUAGUGCAAAUCAAAUCAAACGGAGUCAAAUCAAAAGAAAUGAAGCCCAGCAAUUCAAUCGCAAACGAGUCACUUGGAAAGCUAAUUAACAAUUACUGUGUGUUGUGUACUUUGUGUGUAUAAAUAUAAAUAGGGAAAGUUGUAGGGAUAGACUAACGGAACAUCCUAUGUAAAUGAUAUAGUCGUCAUGUGAUCAUCUGAGGAUGUAGGACACGGUGUGGAACCAUUGCAUUCCAUGGCCAGGGGUUCAACGGGGAGUUCUCCGACGAGAGGACCUUCAGCAAUAACCAACUACGUAAACUGUAAACUAAAAGUGUUGUAAGCAUUUAUCUACUAACUAACAAUUUUGCCAUUUGUUUUCAUUAAUAAAACACUUCCGACUGGAAGAUGCACAUCUUUAAA